AUGCACGCGGCUCGAUCUCGCGGCGUGCACACGAUCCCCCUCGUCCUAGCUCUCGCCAUAGCUUGGUUGCCUCAUGCCGACCACGCUGCGGGAGCUGGCGGAGGGGGAAUGUUUGGAGAUGUCAAUAUAUCAGCGAUUCUAGAUUCUCUCAGUGUCAGCUAUGACAAGAGAGUGAGACCCAAUUAUGGAGGACCGCCAGUGGAUGUGGGAGUCACCAUGUACGUGCUUUCCAUCAGCUCCUUGUCUGAAGUUAAAAUGGAUUUCACCUUGGACUUCUAUUUCCGUCAAUUUUGGACCGACCCGAGGCUGGCUUAUAAGAAGAGACCCGGAGUUGAGACGCUUUCCGUUGGAUCGGAGUUUAUACGAAACAUUUGGGUUCCGGAUACUUUCUUCGUGAACGAGAAACAAUCUUACUUCCAUAUUGCAACUACUAGCAACGAAUUCAUUCGCAUUCACCAUUCUGGAUCUAUCACGCGAAGUAUAAGACUGACUAUCACCGCUUCAUGCCCCAUGGAUUUGCAAUAUUUCCCUAUGGAUCGCCAGUUAUGCAACAUUGAGAUUGAAAGUUUCGGCUACACCAUGCGGGACAUCCGAUAUAAGUGGAACGAGGGGCCCAACUCAGUGGGUGUGUCGAGCGAAGUGUCACUACCGCAGUUCAAGGUGCUCGGUCAUCGGCAGCGAGCAAUGGAAAUCUCCCUUACCACAGGAAACUAUUCGCGUUUGGCUUGCGAGAUUCAAUUUGUUCGUUCCAUGGGAUACUAUUUGAUUCAAAUUUACAUUCCGUCUGGCCUUAUCGUCAUUAUAUCCUGGGUGUCGUUCUGGCUGAACCGGAAUGCUACUCCGGCUCGUGUUUCUCUCGGUGUUACCACCGUCUUGACUAUGACUACGCUGAUGUCUUCUACGAACGCUGCUCUACCUAAGAUCUCGUACGUCAAAUCUAUUGACGUAUACCUUGGAACCUGUUUCGUCAUGGUCUUCGCCAGUCUUCUAGAGUACGCCACUGUCGGCUACAUGGCUAAGAGGAUACAGAUGAGGAAGCAACGAUUUACUGCUGUUCAGAAGAUAGCAUCCGAAAAGAAGAUUGGAGUAGACGGUCCCCCUGCACCACCUGAGCCCCUACCACCGCCGAGGACGAGCACUCUAAACCGCCCGCUGCCCCCAAGUCGCUCUUCGGAAGUCCGGUUCAAGGUGCACGACCCCAAGGCGUAUUCUAAAGGAGGUACUCUGGAAAGCACCAUCAACGGCGCUCGCGGCCCCGCUCCGAUUCCACCACCACCGCAACCUGAAGAAGAACCUGUUCCACCUCCGCAUCUGGUGCACGCUUCAAAGGGUAUCAACAAACUACUGGGCACCACGCCAUCGGAUAUCGACAAGUACUCUCGCAUCGUGUUCCCCGUUUGCUUCGUAUGCUUUAAUCUCAUGUACUGGAUAAUUUACCUGCACGUUUCCGAUGUAGUGGCUGACGACUUGGUAUUACUCGGCGAAGAAAACUAA